CUCUGCUUCAGUACUUCCCCAAAUCGCGAUUUUCAUCUCAUCUCUCGCUAGAGUGCUAGACACAUAUCGAUGGAGGAUUUCGAAGCCCCAUCGUUCUCUCUGGGCAUUGAUGUCGACUUCGAUUCAGAGACCAGAGCCAUCCCGAGAGAAGAAUCAGUCUGCAAACAAGCUACAGAAUCUUCAAGCAAUGUAACCUUCCAGUUUCUCGAAGAAGAUGAUGAUUUUCAAGUUCAAAACCUAGAUCCUGUCAUACACACUGAGGAUUCACAUCCGGUUCUCAAGCGCCUAAAGCGAGGACCCGCGACUCAAUUGCCUGCUGUCGGCAAGCCACAACCGACGCAGUCGUCAAUGGAUUUUGAUGAUGAUAUUGAAGAGUUCUCAUCUCAGGAGGAACUGCGUAGAGGAGAAACUGUUGGAUGUUCAGCGGUACAAAAUCAUUCUGCGAGUAACAGUUCAAAGUCUCAAUUGCAUUCCCGUAGGGUCUUAACUGCACAAUCAAUAAACAAUAAUAAAGUACGGAAAUACACACCAUCUUCAAAUGCCUCAACUUCUGCAAAUUUGGAGGGAGGUGACAACAAGUUGAUGUUUCCCAAGUUAACUCUCAGUCCUCUCAGAAGAUUCCAGUUGCUUGAUUCUGAUUCAGAUGAGCCUUCUGUCAGUGAAGACUUAUGUCAAGAUGCUGGUAAGAAUGAUGCUGCUGCAAAAGAAAGACAAUGUAGUCCAGACCAAUGUAUGACAGGGAAUCAAGCAAAGAAGCUAAAAAGAAGGUUGCCAAGUACGUUUCAAACUGUGGAUUUAUGGAAAGAUUUUAGCCCAAAGAAGAAUCCAAGUAUUCCCACACCGGCUUUGGAUGAGUUUUGUGAUGAAUACUUCAGGUCAGUGAAGGAUAAGAAUGUAGUACAGAUGGAGAAAGGUAUACCUGUCAGUAGCUCCAAAGGUUAUCCGAAGAGUAGCAUCAGUGAAAAUGUCACACACUUAGAGAAUCUGCCAAGUCCUCUUCCUCCUGCAUAUCAAUAUUUUUUUCAUGAGGACACAAGGAUCCAGAAAUUAGUCCGUGAACGCUUACCUAACUUCUUCCCUCUUGGGGAUGUCAAUAACAGAGGACACAAGCAGUCUGAUGCGGCAGUCAUUGAUUACAUGAGUCAAUUUGGUCAGAGAGUCUGUCCACAGCCUGGUAGAGCAGGAAACAAGGCUCUUGUAGGAAGCUCAAAAAGAAGUAAAAAGAAGGUCAAAAGUUCUAAUGCUAAAGAGGUCUCACAACCUUCUGAGGAUUGGGUUAACCCCAAAAGCAGUGCCUGCAUGCCAAAAAAUGCUGGCAAAAGACGAGUUCAUGCAGAAGGCCAGUCUAUUGGUCAUUGGUAUACAGGCCAGGAUGGGAAAAGGGUUUAUGUCAAUAAAAGUGGACAGGAGUUGAUGGGGCGAGUUGCUUAUAUGCAAUAUAGGAAGGAGAAUGGAAAAGGACCCAAAAAAUCAACGAAGAAAGCUACAGCCAAGAAAAAAUAAAAAAGAUGAGUGUUUCCUCCAAGAUUGUGCCAUAUAGUGGGUUUAACUCCGAAGAAUUUCACGUUCCUGUUGACCAUUGUCAUGAGUCUGUUCAUGUAAAUACUGAUUUUGGAUAUCAAGGUGAUAAUUGGCAUGCACUGUUGAAUUGAUACUUGUCACCAAUUUCUACUCAUACUUGGUACAUUGACCCUCCCAUUCAUCUUGUAGACUAAUGGUGCACAUCAUGGAUGAGCAUUAACUAUAUCAUCGACCCUCUUAACUAUCUGUAUUGUCAAUCAUUGUGGG